CUCCAGCCUGUUUCAUCCCUGUUUCAGGAGCACUUCCUAGAGGUGAUUCAGAACCAGGAGUUUCUCCUGCUUCCUACGGCUGAGAUCGUCAAACUCUUGGCCAGUGAUGACAUAAACGUACCCGAUGAGGAGACCAUCUUCCACGCUCUGGUGAUGUGGGUGCGGUUCGAUGUUCAGCAUCGCCAGCAGGACCUUGGGUUGCUCCUGGCCUACAUCCGCCUGCCUCUACUGCCCCCACAGGUGGGCAGUCAGUAGGUUAUCAAUGACUUCAUAAAAAAUGGCACCCUAUUCCCUAUAUAGUGCAUUAAUUUUGACCAGAUGACAAUGGGCCCUUACUGGUUACUGCUUCCUGGUUGAAUGUUGUUACUGCUUCCUGGUUGAAUGUUGUUACUGCUUCCUGGUUGAAUGUUGUUACUGCUUCCUGGUUGAAUGUUGUUACUGCUUCCUGGUUGAAUGUUGUUACUGCUUCCUGGGUGAAAUACAUACAUUUAGGUUAUACAAUGUAAUAGUUCACUCUGUCUGUUUUUCUUUAUGUGUUGUGUAUUUUCAUACAUGUUUUUAUGCUACACUUAAAUUGCCAUUAGGGGAUAAUAGCAAUUUACUGAACGGAACUCUCCUUUAAUUCUAGCUCCUGGCUGACCUGGAGAACAACAAGAUGUUUUCAGACGACCUGGAAUGCCAGAAGCUUCUAAUGGAAGCCAUGAAGUACCAUCUACUGCCGGAGCGUCGCCCCAUGUUCCAGAGCCCCAGGACCAAACCCAGGAAGUCUACUGUAGGAGCACUCUACGCUGUGGGAGGCAUGGACGAUACCAAGGGUUAGGCCUACUCUGCAUUCCCUACUCCCUAUAAAGUGCACUAGACCCAUAGGGCUCUGGUAAAAAGAAGUGCACUAUAUAGGGUUCUGAGUCCCAAAUGGCACCCUACUCCCUAUAUAGUGCACUACUUUUGACUAGAGCCUGAUAUAGGGAAUAGGGUGCCAUUUCAGGCGCAUCCAUAGUCUUGAUGGAGUUUGCCCAGUGUGAGACAUAAAGCCCAGUAAAUCCAUUACGUCUAAUAGCUUGCUACUGUUAAUAAAGGCCUACAGGUUUUUGAUCAAUGAGCCCAUUUACCAAGAUGGAUGCCCACUAAAGUGUGAUGUCACCGUCGAUCUCGCCGACCACGGCGCGCUGUUAUUGUUACGGACGUCAGGUCUAUUAGGAAACUAAUUAGGAUCCUAAUGUAAUGGAUCUCAAUCCACACGACUGAGGUUACCCUUUCAUUCCAUGGACAAACACUACUGAUUGAUCUGACACCAAAUGGAUCCUGUACAGUUUAGAUAUACAUUCAACAGAACACAUGACUAAGUGUGUUUUGAGAAACACAAAUAUAGGAAAAUGUAGAUGUUUAAUCAAACACUAUGAUGGGUAUAGGGGGUCCUAGGAAUCAGAAACAGAAUACGAUUCAAGGCUAAACCUCCAAAAAACGGUCACCUGAAGUCGUCAGCGUCAUCCUUCUCUGUUUGUAUAGGAUCUAUAGAUCUCCUUGUCUGUUCCCAUAGGAUCUACGACCAUAGAGAAGUAUGACCUGCGGACUAACACGUGGAUCCAGGUGGGGGUGAUGAACGGCCGGAGGCUGCAGUUCGGGGUGGCGGUGAUCGACAACAAGCUGUACGUGGUGGGGGGCCGAGACGGUCUGAAGACAUCCAACAUGGUGGAGUGCUACAACCCAUUCAACAAAGUCUGGUCCACCAUGCCUCCCAUGUCUACACACAGACACGGACUCGGUGGGAUUACAGUUUUUUUGUUGAUAUUAUUACAUUUCAUACCUAUACUUUUGUAGCACAAGCACAGCAAACAUGUGAGUGUUGUACUUUCUCUACCCGAGGCCCAGGCUUUUGUGGUCCAGGGCAUUAGACAUUCAUCUCUGCACCACAAGACUGUAAGAUCAAACCCUCCUUCAGCUGUUCUCUCUCUCUCUCUCUCACUCUCUCUGUCUCUCUCUCUCUCUCUCUCUCUCUCUCUCUGUCUCUCUCUCUGUCUCUCUCUGUCUCUCUCUCUCUCUCUCUCUCUCUCUCUCUCUCUCUCUCUCUCUCUCUCUCUCUCUCUCUCUCUCUCUCUCUCUCUCUCUCUCUCUUUCUCUCUCUCUCUCUCUCUCUCUCUCUCUCUCUCUCGCACAACUUUUCCUAUAUAAGACCUUGGCAGGUUACCGUACACCUGCUCUGUUGUUUUUCUCUUUUUCUCAACCGUUUCAUAUCAGGAAUGGUUUGAUUCACAGUUGAAAUAGGUCUACGCCUGUGAACUGAGGCGCUCUAGUCGAGUAUUCCAUCUCGCUCGUCUGUGAGAUUUGUGGUUUACUUCUCGGAGAUAUGGGUGAACACGUUUGCCCCAGAGAUUACAGUGAAUAGUAUUACCUGGUCUCCUAUGAUCAGGGCUGUAGCAGAUAGCUCUCAUACUUUGCUUGUGGUUUUACUCUGAAGAUGUGAGGAGCUGCAUGCCCUUCCUGCUACGGCCUGCUGUGUGCAUUCAGAAAAGAAGGAACGACAGUACUUUUUCAUAUGUCAAAUCGACAACAACUGGUUUAAAAUGACCAUUUCGGUUGAACUUUAUUCGUAUGGAAUGUAGAAUGUUUAUACCCGAUGUUCAUUUAGAAUAAUGUUGUAACCAGAACAUUACCAGCCAAUAUAUACAGUGCAUUCGGAAGGUAUACAGACCCCUUGACCUUUUUCAAUAUUUUGUUACGUUACAGACUUAUCUGAAAUGGAUAAGAAAUGUUUUUCUUCUAAUCAAUCUACCCACAAUAACCCAUAAUGACAAAGCAAAAACAGGUUUAUAGACAUUUUUGCAAAUGUGUUAAAAAAAAAAACCCGGAAAUAUCACAUUUACAUAAGUAUUCAGACCCUUUACUCAGUACAUUGUUGAAGCACCUUUGGCAGCGAUUACAGCCUCGAGUCUUCUUGGGUAUGACACUACAAGCUUGGCACACCUGUAUUUGGGGAGUUUCUCCCAUUCUUCUCUGCAGAUCCUCUCAAGCUCUGUCAGAUUGGAUGGGGAGCGUCGCUGCACAGCUAUUUUCAGGUCUCUCCAGAGAUGAUGGAUCGGGUUCAAGUCCGGGCUCUGACUGGGCCACUCAAGGACAUUCAAAGACUUGUCCCGAAGCCACUCCUGCGUUGUCUUGGCUGUGUGCUUAGGGUCGUUGUCCUGCUGGAAGGUGAACCUUCGCCCUCAGUCUGAGGUCCUGAGCGCUCUGGAGCAGGUUUUCAUCAAGGACCCUUGGAAUUCAGGCCAAAGAGUUCAAUCUUGGUUUCAUCAGACCAGAGAAUCUUGUUUCUCAUUGCCUGAGAGUCCUUCAGGUGCCUUUUGGCAAACUCCAAGUGGGCUGUCAUGUGCCUUUUACUGAGGAGUGGCUUCCUUCUGGUCACUCUACCAUAAAGACCUGAUUGGUGGAGUGCUGCAGAAAUGGUUGUCCUUCUGGAAGGUUCUCCCAUCUCCACAGAGGAACUCUGGAGCUCUGUCAGAGUGACCAUCUGGUUCUUGGUCACCUCCCUGACCAAGGCCCUUCUCCCCCGAUUGCUCAGUUUGGCCGGGAGGCCAGCUCUAGGAAUAGUCUUGGUGGUUCCAAACUUCUUCCAUUUCAGAAUGAUGGAGGCCACUGUGUUCUUGGGGACCUUCAAUGCUGUAGAAAUGUUUUGGUACCCUUCCCCAGAUCUGUGACUUGACACAAUCCUGUCUCGGAGCUCUACGAACAAUUCCUUUGACCUCAUGGCUUGGUGUUUGCUCUGAUAUGCACUGUCAACUGAGGGACCUUAUAUAGACAGGUGUGUGCCUUUCCAAAUCAUGUCCAAUCAUUUAAAUUUACCACAGUUGAACUCCAAUCAAGUUGUAGAAACAGCUCAAGGAUGAUCAAUGGAAACAAGGGACUGAAUACUUACAUAAAUAACGUUUUUCUAUUUUUUUAAUAAAUUUGUCAACAUUUCUAAAAAUCUGUUUUCGCUUUGUCAUUAUGGGGUAUUGUGUGUAGAUUGCUGAGGAAAACAUGUAUUUAAUCCAUUUUAUAAUAAGGCUGUAACGUAACAAAAUGUGUAAAAAGUCAAGGGGUCUGAAUACUUUCAGAAUGCACAGGAUAAAUCUAUCUAUUGUGUUGUACAGUCACUUCCUAUUCAUUGUUGUUGGAAAACCACUUCCCUCUGUGACCCCAGCAAUAGCAGGAAUAACACAGUGUUUUAUAUCCAUCCUAUUUGGAGAACAGACCUGGGUUCAAGUACUAUUUCAAAUCUUUCAAAACUACAUUUGCCUUAGCCUGCCUGGUCCUGGAUAGGCGGGGGUUUGUAUUUUUGGGACUAUUGUAUUGGUUCCAUUAAGCCAAGCAAGCUCAAUCAAGCAUAAAUAAUGUAUUUUAAAUUAUUUCAAAUAGUAUUUGAACCCAGGUCUGUUUGGAGAAUACAUUCGGUCAGUUCCACAGAAUGGUGAAUCAUCGAACAGCACUUCAACUGUUCUAAAAUGAGCAUUAUCGUUGAUACCUCUGGUUGAGCCACACACAGGCACGCACGGACGCACGCACGCACACACGCACGCACACACACACACACACACACAAACACACACACACACACAAACACACACACACACACACACAACACACACACACACACACACACACACACACACACACACACACACACACACACACACACAUACGUACACACACACACACACAUACACACAUACAUACACACAAAUACACACAGUGUAUGCAGUAGGUUGAUGGUUCCCCUCCUCUUUCUAACUAUUCAGGUGUAACAGUGUUGGAGGGCCCCAUGUAUGCAGUAGGAGGCCAUGAUGGAUGGAGUUACCUGAAUACAGUGGAGAGGUGGGACCCUCAGGCUAGACAGUGGAAUUAUGUUGCCAGCAUGUCCACACCACGCAGCACCAUGGGAGUCACCGCACUCAACGGAAAGUAAGUGGCUGCGUUAAAAACAUUAUGGCAGCAUACAGUAACAGUUCUCACUAAAACACAAGCUUUUAAGACAUAAGGCACAAAAUGAAAGGAUACUUUCUUAUGUAUACACACACACUAGACACUAAUAACCAGCCCCACCAGGAAAACAAGGUUCUGCUUCUUGUUAUGUAACACAUUGAUCUUCGUAUCAAAACAAGAAUGCUUUUCUUUUUUUGUGUAAGCCUGGGCCUGGACUGCCACAGCUCUGCGUUACGUAAUGCCACACAACAACGGACUGUUUUGCUGUGUGUUUUCACUCUAUAAAACCCUUUUUGAUUGUCUUCCUGCAUCUGGGUCAAAAAAUAGACAACAAGGAUGUUCCUACAACCAUCCAUCCCGCUCUGCUACGGAAAAUGUAUGCACUCACUAACUGUAAGUCGCUCUGGAUAAGAGCGUCUGCUAAAUGACUAAAAUGUAAAUGUAAGAUGUUUCUACAACACUCCAUCCCUCUCUGCUAAGGAAGGAAUACGUUUCUACAACCCUCAAUCCCUCUCUGCUAAGGAAGAUGUUUCUACAACCCUCCUUCCCUCGCUGCUAAGAAAGGAAGACAUUUCUACAACCCUCAAUCCCUCUCUGCUAAGAAAGGAAGACAUUUCUACAACCCUCAAUCCCUCUCUGCUAAGGAAGGAAGAUGUUCCUACAACCCUCCUUCCCUCGCUGCUAAGAAAGGAAGACAUUUCUACAACCCUCAAUCCCUCUCUGCUAAGAAAGGAAGACAUUUCUACAACCCUCAAUCCCUCUCUGCUAAGGAAGCCUGGGAUUCUCCCUCCCUUAAAAGACAAUACUGUCUAGGAAGACCGAUGCAACAUUUCUCGAAGAUUUCAUAUCUGAGCAACAUCCCAAAAUCCGAUUUCUAACACUUUUACUAUCCUUACAGAUUGUUUGCAGUUGGUGGUCGGGAUGGGAGCUCGUGUCUGCGGUCGAUGGAAUGCUUCGAUCCCCACACCAACAAGUGGAGUAUGUGUGCCCCAAUGGCGAAGCGGAGAGGAGGGGUGGGUGUGGCCACGUACAACAGCUUCCUCUAUGCUGUGGGCGGUCAUGAUGCCCCGGCGUCCAACCAUUGCUCCAGACUCUCAGACUGUGUAGAGAGGUAAACAACCAAACAUAGCUCUAGUCUACAGUAUGGCUGCGUUUCGAAUCUUGGGACUUGCACACUUCCCGAAAUGCAUUUAACAGCGGCGGAAACUCCCUCUAGCAAAGGCUUACACCAAUCACAUGAUUUUACAUCCAUGACAGAGAGUACGGAAGAGCGCACUUUUAGGAGAAGGGCAGAGCGUGAGGAUGUAGCCUGUGUCAUUACUGCACUAGAGUAAAACAACUCAACAUUGUUUUAUCCAAGUGUCUUGUUAUAGACUCAUGGAUUUGAUGAAGGUGAAGUAUAGCUAUGCAUAUGGAAACAGAUAAUUGAGACAUUUCAGGCUAUGCAUAUGGAAACAGAGAGUUGAGACAUUUCAGGCUAUGCAUAUGGAAACAGAGAGUUGAGACAUUUCAGGCUAUGCAUAUGGAAACAGAGAGUUGAGACAUUUCAGGCUAUGCAUAUGGAAACAGAGAAUUGAGACAUUUCAGGCUAUGCAUAUGGAAACAGAUAAUUGAGACAUUUCAGGCUAUGCAUAUGGAAACAGAGAGUUGAGACAUUUCAGGCUAUGGGUGUGUGUCUUGUUAUGUUCUUUGAGGUGAGGCAGUGGCCGUGUUCGAGAGCAUCAAAACCGUGAUGUAUCAUGGGUAAAUUGUGACUGACUGACUGAUCUACAAAUAAUAGUGAGUAGUUAUUUAUGAUGCAAGGUGAUUUGUAGAUCAGUCAGUCUCAACUCGCCUUUAAAGUCGACUGCAGUGUCAAACGCGCACAUUGGGCUUGUUUCGACAUUGCAGCAGACGCUGCAGGCGACUGCCGACCAACUGAUCUACACAGAACCUUGCAUCAUAAAUAACUACUAAUUUUUAUUUGUAGAUCAAUCAAUCAGUCACAAUUUACCCAUUGUACAUUACGGGUUUGAUCAUCUCGAACACAGCCAUGUACAGGGCAGACCCAAGAUGAGUCAUUGUUUCCAUGUGAGCUGGUUUUAGAGGUGUGAUUAUCUGGCUUCUGGUACCCUCUGCUGGUUAUUCUGUAAACAUCAACCUGCAUGUGACCCAUAUCAAUGAACAGAAUGACACCAUGACAAACAAUUAAACAUAAAACAACAUUAUUGUCCCACUCACAAUAUAUUGUUGAAUUCAUCCAUGGACAAGCUUUAAUCUUUGCUCUGUAUUUCUUAAAUAUCCCAGUGACCACUUCUCCUCUCACUUCUUCAGGUAUUUCCCUUUUGUCCUUGUGUUUCCUCUCUGUCACUGCAGAUACGAUCCCAAAACAGACACAUGGACCACGGUGUCCUCUCUGAGUGUCCCCAGGGAUGCUGUAGGUAUCUGUCUGCUAGGAGACAGGCUAUAUGCUGUCGGGGGAUAUGAUGGAACGUCCUACCUCAACAGUGUUGAGUCCUAUGAUGCACAGAACAAUGAAUGGACUGAGGUAAACUUGAAUCAUUCCUUAGGUCUUCUUAGAACGCUUUUUUCGACCUAGACUUUCUCCAUUCCAAUUGCUAGGCACAACCUCUUAUUUCCAUACUGCAAUAGAUGUUUAAGACAGACUGAAUGACCUUUCAUCACCCUUUACUGUGUGUCUCCAAUAGGAGGUCAAUCUCAACAUUGGAAGGGCUGGAGCCUGUGUUGUAGUUGUGAGAAUACCU